GUGAGAGAGAGAGAGAGAGAGAGAGCGAUGCGCAUGGGCGGCUUGACGGUGUGGUUCUGGGCGCUGGCGUCAGCUUCCGCUUUAUUAUUAGGCCCGGUUGUGUCGUCAUCGUCGACGACUUGGGUGGCUGACGGGACGGUGCUGGAGCUGGACGACUCCAACUUCGAAUCGGCGAUUUCAUCUCUGGACUUGGUCUUGGUUGACUUCCACGCCCCCUGGUGCGGCCACUGCAAGCGUCUCGCUCCUCAGCUGGAUGCCGCCGCGCCGAUGCUGGCUGCACUGAAGAACCCAAUAGUGAUAGCAAAAGUAAAUGCUGACAAGUACAGCUCUCUACGUGAUAAAUAUGGAGUCGAUGGGUUUCCUACACUCAAGUUGUUUAUACAUGGUGUGCCCCAAGACUAUAAGGGGCCAAGGAAUGCCGAUUUGCUUGUUCGUUAUCUGAAGAAGUUUGCGGCUCCGGAUGUUACCGUGCUUGAUUCAGACUCUGCUGUUGCGGAUUUUGUUGAGGCAGCAGGGACGUUCUUUCCUAUAUAUAUCGGCUUUGGAUUGGAGGAGUCUGUGGUGUCUAAGUUGGCGCUGAAGUACAAAAGGAAGGCUUGGUUUUCGGUCGUGAAGGAUGUGUCUGAGGAUGUGAUGAUGUUGUAUGAUUUUGACAAGGUUCCUGCCCUGGUAUCACUUCAUCCAAGUUAUAAUGAGCAGCAUGUCUUUUAUGGCCCCUUUGAAGAGGAAUUUUUGGAGGAUUUCAUAAAACAAAGCUUGUUACCAUUGGCAAUGCCCAUCAACUAUGACACAUUAAAAUCAUUGGACGAUGAUGAAAGGAAACUUGUCUUGACAAUUGUUGAGGAUGAGGAUGAUGAGAAGUCAAAAAACUUGAUCAAGAUUUUGAAAUCUGCGGCAUCUGCAAAUCGAGACCUCAUAUUUGGUUACGUCGGGCUCAAACAAUGGGAAGAUUUUGCUGAUACAUUUGGAGCGAACAAGAAGACAAAAUUACCAAAAAUGGUUGUUUGGGAUCGAACAGAGGAGUACUUCAGGGUCAAUGGCUCAGAAACCAUUGGGGAGGAAGAUCAAGCAUCUCAAGUCUCACAGUUUCUUGAAGGAUACAAGGAAGGAAGAACGAUUAAAGAAAGAGUUGGUGGAAGUUUGUCGCUUACAUCCUUUAUAUCUUCAUUUCUUGGGCUUGGGACUGUGUAUGUACUAGUUUUUGUGGUAGCAACAAUAAUUCUUGUUAGAAAAGCGACUGAGGAAGAACCUCUCAGGGUUGGGAGGGGAGAUGAGGUUGAUCGAGCUACAAGUUCUAUUUCGGAGGCUGAAAGCAGAGAAGCUGGAGAAAAGGAAGACUAGAGUUGCCCUGGUUUUUCUAGUCGUGUCUGAUUGGAUACUGUUAAAAUCUAAUCUAUUACAAGUUACAACUAAUUCCAAGUGUGCCUAAAUCAGUAUAGCGUGAAAUGUCCAUGAUUUUGUAGAUUCUUUUUCACACUGAUAUUCAUUUUUGACUUUUUCUUUGUUAUUAUUAAGAUGCUCAAGAAAGUUAGGCUAUUACAGAUAAUUUCCUUGAA